CCUGCACUUAGCAACCUGCUUUGCGUCAGUCUUCAGCUCCUGCCGCCGCCCGCGGCUUCUUUCUCGCCAAACGUCUGCUGCGGGGGCCGGCGCGGCCCCGGGAAGGACCAAAGGGGACCCAGCGUGUCCCCACGGCGGCUGCAAGAGGAUCUAAGCAUGGAUGGCAGCCGGAGAGUCAGAGCAACCUCUGUCCUUCCCAGAUAUGGUCCACCCUGCCUAUUUAAAGGACACUUGAGCACCAAAAGUAAUGCUUUUUGCACUGACUCCUCCUCUCUCAGACUAAGUACCCUCCAACUGGUCAAGAAUCACAUGGCUGUUCACUAUAAUAAAAUCCUUUCAGCCAAAGCUGCAGUAGACUGCUCAGUUCCACUAAGCAUGAGUGCCAGCAUCAAAUAUGCAGACCAACAACGAAGAGAGAAACUCAAAAAGGAAUUAGCACGGUGUGAAAGGGAAUUGAAAUUAACUAAAACUGCAAUGCAAUCCAAUUCUAAAAGUAAUUCCAAGUCAUUAUUUAACACUCUACAAAAGCCUCCAGGAGAACCACAAGAUGAAGAUGCUAUGUUAAUCGAAGAAGUGAACAGAUUUCCAUCCUUUAAAAGGUCACCAGUAACUUCUUCAGAGCGACUACACUUAAAUCCACCUAAAUCCGAUAAAGUCCUCACAAAUGGUACUGAGAAGAACUCCAGUUCCUUCCUGUCCAGCAUGGAUCACGCUGCCUCUGGGCCCAGGAAAUCAUCCUCUGGAACCUCCUACGGCAGAAGGCCCCGGAGCACAUCCCUAAAUUCCCAGCGGUUUCAGUUAGUAAUUUCGAAAGCACCCAGUGGGGACCUUUUGGAUAAACAUUCUGAACUCUUUUCUAACAGACAUUUGCCAUUCACCCCACGCACUUUAAAAACAGAAGCAAAAUCUUUCCUGUCACAGUAUCGAUAUUAUACACCUGCCAAAAGAAAAAAGGAUUUUACAGAUCAGCAGAUAGAAGCUGAAACUCAGACUCAGUUAAGCAGCUUUCAGUCUGAUUUUGAGACAGUUGAGAUUAAGAACUUCACAGAUUCAGAAAUGAACAUAAAGCAGGCAUCUAACUGUAUGUCAUAUGGUACCAAAGGAAAAAUAACCCCUUUACCUUUACAAGGACAUGAAUUACCAUGGGAUGAGGUUAAAGACAGUGCUCUUCAGUGUUCCUCAUCAAGGGCAGUAUGUCAAUGUUCCCUGCAGCCUCCUUCAGGGAGAAAAAUCUAUUCUGAUGAAGAAGAACUGUUGUAUCUGAGUUUCAUUGAAGAUGUAACAGAUGAAAUUUUGAAACUUGGUUUAUUUUCAAACAGGUUUCUAGAACGACUGUUUGAGAGACAUAUAAAACAAAAUAAACAUCAUUUGGAGGAGGAAAAAAUGCGCCACCUGCUACAUAUCCUGAAGGUGGACUUAGGCUGCAUGUCCAAGGAAAACUCAGUAAUGCUAGAUGAUGUUGGUAUGUUGCAUUUACUUGAUUUUGAAAAGGCUGAGAAUUCAGAACAAAAUGAAUAUAAAAAUGAACAAGAUUUAGCCAUUCAACAGGAACGUCAAGAAUACCAAAAAGCUUUGACUAUGUUAUUGUCUGUUCCAAAGGAUGAGAACAAGAUAGUCUCUUCACCAAAUGAAUUUUUCCUGCCUGUCUAUAAAUCACAGGAUUCAGAAGGGGUUAUAAUUCAACAGGUAAAUGAUGAAACGAAUCUUGGAACUUCAGUUUGGGAUGAAAAAAAUGUAAGUAUGUCAGACAGUUUACUAGACCAAGAAACUUCUGUGAAUGUCAUUGAAGGAGACAAUGACAAUGAAAAAGUCGAGACUUCAAAUGAAUUGUGUUGUUUUAGCACAGCACUCUCCCCGUCUGUUCAGUUAUGCAGUGUCAACGAUGGUAAUCAGGACAUGGAAGGACCAACUCUUAAAAUCAUGGAAAUGAGCAUUGAGGACCGAUCUUUCGAUGCUUGAUCUUCAUUAAUAAAUAUCCCAAAUGGCCAGUAAUUCAAUAUUCCUUUCACUUUUUUUUUACUUUUUUAUAUUAAGAUUUGUUUGUUUUCUAUGUUGUAUAAUAAAUUACUGUACAUUUAGCAGCUUGAAACAGCA